AUGACUGACGCAAAGACAGCCACUCCCAAUCUGCAUGAUGAUCCUCCCGCCUCGUCAGAAAAUGCACCGAAUCACGGCCAGGGUAUCGACAUGGAGCUAUACAGGGCGAGUGUCCCGCUGUGGAAGCGGGUAUGGCAGCACAGCUUGACGCAGAUGAUAAUCCUGAGCGUCCAGUCUUUCUGUGGACCAGCCAUGUCUGACGCGAUCACUGGACUCGGUGGUGGUGGACUUGCAACUCCCCAGGUGUCGAACAUUGCAAACGCAAUCAGAUAUGCCAUGCUUGCUCUUGUUUGCUUCUUCGGCGGUCCCAUUGUGAACAAGCUCGGUGUUAAGUGGGCUUUGGUCAUCGGCUCCAUGUCCUUCCCCAUCGAGGGGUCUGCGUACUACUGCAACAGCAAGUUUGGAAACCAAUGGUAUCUCAUCCUCAGUGGUGCCAUUGCUGGUAUUGGCACCGGUUGCUGGUAUGUCGCCGAAGCUGGUGCCAUCAUGACGCUUGCACCUACGGGCGCUCGUGGAAAGUAUUUGGCUUUGUGGAUUGUGGCGCGGAACCUCGGACAGCUGGUUGGAGGUGCAAUCAACCUGUCGAAGAACCAUGUAAAAGGGGCCAGUGCCAGUGUCACUCCGGAUACUUACAUUGCAUUCGUGAUUAUCGAGUGCAUCGCUUUUCCAUUUGCGCUCUUGAUUACCCCUUUUGAACGCGUUGUCCGAAAUGAUGGUACGCAAAUCGUCAUGGCAGAGACCCUUUCCACCAAGAAGGAAGUCAGGCGCAUUGCGAAGACGAUAACCUCGAAGCUCAUUGUCCUUUCUGCCCUUUGGGCACUAUGGUCAUUCUUCUACAGAGCUAACGAAUGCAGUGGGAGCUGGAGCACCUACCUAGGAACCUACUUUUCCGUCCGCGCCCGCGCCCUCUCCUCUCUGGUCUCUCCUUUCUUCUGCAUUAUCGGCUGCUUUGGCCUCGGCUACAUCCUCGACCUGAAAUACCUCGGCCAGCGCCGCCGCGCCCAAGUCGGUCUGUACAUCGUCGUCAUCCUCAACAUCGGCGUGUACAUCUGGUCCAUCGUCAUGCAGACCAAGUUCAGGCGCAAUGAUCCCGGCAAGAUUGACUGGGACGACGGACUGUACCCUACGUCAUUUUUGCCAUAUUUCUUUGUGCAGACUACGGGUCCGUUGUCACAGUCGUAUAUGUAUUGGCUGUUGUCGUCUUUUGCGACGGAUGCGCAGGAAAACGUUCGUAACGGUGCUGCAUUCAGAUGUAUCGAAGCCGUUGGUCAGGCUGUUGCCUACGGCAUGAACACUCAGACAGAAAGUGACCCACUUACUGGAUUCUGCGUGACAUUCGCCCUUCUUGGAGCCGCUAUACUCCCUAUGAUCAUGCUCGUGAACUCAACGCCAGAGCGUAUUCCGGCCGAUGUAAUUGCCGAGGAGCAGAAUGCCGCUAACCAGAAGGGUGAUGAGGCCUGAGUUAUCUAUCAUCAUCAUCUUAGGUUUCAGCUGGCUUGUAUAUAAUAGAAUAUAAUAGAAAUGAAC